UUCACCAAAAUACGUAAUGUAGGUAGGUAUUUCCUUUGGCUUUUUACCAAUAUUUCUAGGUAUUUUGCCAUAGAACAUCUUCUUGGGCUUCGGAGUGGACAAAGCCAUCACUACAACAACAACAUGAUAUUUCUUCGAACGUCAUUUGUUGUCACAGUACUUUGGUCACUGGUAGAGAGUCAUCCUCAAUGUCUUGAUUAUAGAGCUCCAUUUGAGUCAAGAGGACAGCUUCAAUUCUGUUCUCAAUAUUCAGCGUUUGGAUGCUGUACCACAACAAAGGACUCACAAAUCCAACAAACAUUUCAAAAGGUUCAAGCAAAGUUUCUUCUUCAAACUCGUCCAAGAUGCAAACGUCUGCUUAAAGAGGUUCUUUGCCUGUCAUGUGAUCCGUACGCUGCUCAUAUCUUUGAAGCUGAAGGAAACAUGAAGUUUGACUUAAACAAGGCCACCCCUGGACUGUGUAAUGAAUUUUGCCUUCGAUUCUACCAUGAAUGCUCUGAUAUUAUCAAUCAUUUUUUGAGUACUUCGAAAUGGACCUACAGAGGUUAUCGUACAUCGUCAGCAAACACUACUCAACCAAGCUUCUUGAAAACGACUCAAAGAACUCCUUCGGAAAAUUUCUGCCACAGCAUCCGGCUGAGGGACAUGGAUUAUUGUUAUCCUAACGUUAAAACAAUAGAAAAUAGAAUUCUUGGGCGCAAAUACAACCAGGGAAAAAAUCAGGGAUGUAUGUGUGUUGAGAAGGUUGCGAGUAGCCUUCGUAACCCAAUCGCUGCCGUCCACUCAGGUGAUGGCACUUAUCGAUUAUUUAUCGCAGAGCAGAUUGGCGUUAUUCGUGUUUUAUUACCAAAUGGUCAUUUAUUAUCAAGGCCGUUCCUCGAUAUAUCCAUCAAUGUGCUAUCAACAAAGAGUUACGCCGACGAGCGGGGUUUACUCAGCAUUGCAUUUCACCCUGAGUAUAAGAUCAAUGGCCGAUUCUUUGUGUACUAUUCAACCCGUUUGAAAAGAAGCAGAAACAGUAAUGAUUCCAGUAGCGAUGCCGAUUUUAAAGACAAUCACAAGACGGUUCUAAGCGAAUUCUCGGUGUCAAAUCUUGAUCCUAACCGUGCGGAUCGUGAUAGUGAGAGGGUUAUUCUGGAAAUCCCCCAACCAGACGAAAAUCAUAAUGGCGGUACAAUAUUGUUUGGUUAUGAUAAUAUGUUAUACUUGACCCUUGGUGACGGAGGAGCUGCGGGCGACCCCUUUGGAAAAUAUGGAAAUGGCCUGAAUAGGGAGACUCUUCUCGGAUCUAUUUUGCGCAUAGACAUCGAUAAAGACGAUGAUAAAACCCCAUAUAAAAUACCACCAGACAAUCCUUUCAUAUAUGAAUACAAGGCGCGUCCAGAAAUCUAUGCCUACGGUGUUCGCAACAUGUGGAGGUGCUCUAUUGACCGUGGUGACAAUACAACUGGAGAAGGACGAGGGAGAUUCUUCUGUGGUGAUGUUGGACAGUAUGAUUAUGAAGAAAUCGAUCUUAUUGUUAAGGGAGGGAACUAUGGCUGGAGAGCUUACGAGGGAUUUUCAUGUUAUGAUGACUCCCAGUGUUACUCUCCUAGAUUAAGUAACACCAUUUUCCCGAUACACGCCUAUAAUCAUACAGUGGGGAAGUCCAUAUUAGGAGGAUACGUUUAUCGUGGAUGCCAGAACCCUAAUCUAUAUGGGUAUUAUAUAUUUGCGGACACUUGGAGCAGCCGUUUCUUCACUUUGAUGCAAAACCGAAAAACAAGAAGAUGGGAACACCGUGAACUUUGUUUUGGGGAUGACAAGUAUUGCACUGAUAAACUAACGGGAAACUUCGAGCAGUUUGUGCUCUCUUUUGGAGAAGACGAAGCAGGGGAACUGUACAUACUUGCUACUUCUCGCCCGAGCUCGCAUCAACCAAAAGGCAAUGUUUAUCGACUGGUCGAUCCCGAAAGGAGAGGUGAUCCAGCUGCGUGCGCUUACACGCCUUCCUCGCCCGUUUCUCGUAGACAACGUAAACACAAAAAGUGUCGUGAUACACUGGAUACGUAUUACCCUUCAACAGUAAGCAACUGCGUCUAUUACAGAAGAAGGGGAUUCUGCGUACUGCGUUCAAUCAAGAAAUACUGUAAGAAGACGUGUGGUUUGUGUGAUCAUCAAUGAAUUAAGUCUGGACAUUUGAUUCUUGAAGACAACUGUUUACACUCAUAGAUAGAAUUUUUUUAAGUAAAUAAGUAGAUAAAUAUUUUUUUCCUCUUACUUACUUCUUUUAUAAUCCAGUCUAUCAUCUAGCUGUAAUAGUCAGUCAACCCGCUUGUUUGUGUUAGACAUGGAACAUAAACCUGUUUAAAUGUGAAAAAGGCUGUUCCAGAUGCACAAAAUACAUAAAAUAUUUUAUUUGAGCUAGAUGGGUUGUGGUGGAAAUUAAAGAGGGGCCAAAGCACGUCGUCUAUGGCAUAAACUAUAUAUAAAAACUAUAUAUUAUAUAUAUGGCAUUAAAGAUGAAGCUUAAUAUAAUAAAGUUUAUCGAAAUAUGAGAGUCAA